GGCGGCGAUGUCGGGGGCUGCGGGCGGGCCGGGGCCCGGUGGAGGCGGCGGCGGCGGGAAGCUCGACAUCAACCGGGCCGGCGUGGCGGAGCUGGAGCGGGCGCUGGUCGGCAUCGGGCGGCGGCGGGCGAGGGGGAUCGUGCGCAAGAGGGAGGAACUGAAGGGCUUCGCCUCCCUGGAGGAGCUGCUGCACGUCAAGGGCAUCACGGGCCGGAUCCUGGAGCUGAACAGCCAGCGGGUGACGUGCUCGCCGCCCCCCCUCGCCGCCGACGCCGCCCCCCCUGCCGCCGCCCCCUCUGCGGAGGGCAGCGCCACACAGGCUCCGGAGGAAGAGGAGGAGGAGGAAGAGCCGGAGCCGGGUCGCCCUGGCGCAGCGCCUGCCCGCAGCCCCUGGAGGCCGGAUGGCUCGGCCGAGGCCGAAGGGGCCCCGGAGCCCGGCAGCUCCCACCCGCCGGGACCGCCGGACUCCGAGGACGAGGAGAGCGCGAGCAGCGACGGCGAAGGCAGCGGGGGGGACGUCUACUUCUACUACACGGUGGACGAGCGCUGGAUCGACUACCUGGAGCGCACCGAGGGCGGGGGCCUCAUCCACCACACGCGGCCCAAGAUGAAGCGCAAGUCGGAGAACGGCCUCGAUGGCAGAGCCCAGUCCCCUGGCAAAAAGCUCUGCAAGGGUCCUGAGAGGGGCAGGGUGCUGGGUCCCUGCGUCGCUAGUCCCACCGCCACUUUUGGAGACUUGCGGAACGCCAAGGCCGGCCAGCCACGCUGUCGCCACGUCCCCCCUGUGACGCCGCCACCUGAAUUGCAGGCCUGGCUCCGCACGUUCCAGCGCUGGAGCGGCCCAGAGAAACUGCUGGCCCUGGACGAACUCAUUGACCGCUGCGAACCCCCCCAGAUCAAGCACAUGAUGCAGGUGAUUGAGCCCCAAUUCCAGCGGGAUUUCAUUUCGCUUCUGCCUAAAGAGCUGGCCCUGUACGUGCUCUCCUUCCUGGAGCCGCGGGACCUGCUGCGCGCUGCUCAGACGUGUCGCUACUGGCGCAUUUUGGCGGAGGACAACCUGCUCUGGCGGGAGAAAUGCCGUGACGUAGGUAUCGAAGAGCCGCUGAGUUUGCGCAAGCGCCGUCUGCUCAGCCCAGGCUUCAUGUACAGCCCCUGGAAACUGGCCUUCUUGCGGCAGCACCGGAUCGACAUGAACUGGCGCAGUGGGGAUGCUCGCCCCCCCAAGGUCCUGAAAGGCCACGACGACCACGUGAUCACGUGCCUCCAGUUCUGCGGCAAUCGCAUCGUCAGCGGCUCCGAUGACAACACGCUCAAGGUCUGGUCGGCUGUGACUGGUGAGUGUGUGCAGACCCUGGUCGGGCACACAGGCGGGGUCUGGUCAUCGCAGAUGAGGGACAACAUCGUGAUCAGCGGCUCCACGGACCGGACCCUGAAGGUGUGGGACGCCGACACGGGCGACUGCGUGCACACGCUCUACGGGCACACGUCCACCGUGCGCUGCAUGCACCUCCAUGGCACCAGGGUCGUGAGCGGCUCACGGGACGCCACACUCCGGCUGUGGGACAUUGAGACGGGCCAGUGCCUCCACGUGCUCAUGGGCCACGUAGCUGCCGUGCGCUGUGUCCAGUAUGACGGGCACAAGGUGGUGAGCGGCGCCUACGACUACACGGUGAAAGUUUGGGACCCCGAGACAGAGAGCUGCAUCCACACCCUGCAAGGCCACAGCAACCGGGUCUACUCCCUGCAGUUUGAUGGCACCCACAUCGUGAGCGGCUCCCUGGACACUUCGAUCCGCGUGUGGGAUGCCGAGAGCGGCAACUGCCUCCACACGCUGAUGGGGCACCAGUCCCUGACGAGCGGCAUGGAGCUACGCGACAACAUCCUGGUCUCUGGCAACGCCGACUCCACCGUCAAGAUCUGGGAUAUCAAGACGGGCCAAUGCCUGCAGACGCUGCAAGGGCCCAGUAAGCACCAGAGCGCCGUCACCUGCCUCCAGUUCAGCUCGAAGUUCGUGGUGACCAGCUCGGACGACGGCACCGUCAAGCUCUGGGACCUGAAGACUGGAGAGUUUGUGCGCAACCUGGUGGCGCUGGAGAGUGGGGGCAGCGGGGGGGUGGUCUGGCGCAUUCGCGCCUCCAACACCAAGCUGGUGUGUGCCGUGGGGAGCCGCAACGGGACUGAGGAGACCAAGCUCCUGGUGCUGGACUUCGACGUGGACCUGAAGUGAGCAGAGCUGGUCUGUGAUGUGAGAGGGCGCCUGCAGGCCGGGCGCCCCCGUGGGGGGUGGGGGGCAGGGUGCUUGUCGGCGCACCUUAUUUAUAGCUGGACACGUGGGGCCCCGAGCGGCCGGCGGAGCACCAGGGCCUGCUUUUGUACACACUCGUAAUAGAACACUUUAUUUCUG